CGCAUGCGCUAUUCGUGAUCCUCCCCGGUAGCAACAACAACAGUGAAGCAGCAGACCAGUGACCACCAGCGGCAGCUGGGCUCGCAGUCAUCCGCCAGUCUCGCCCCUCUUUCGGCAGCCGCCUAACCAUCGUCGCUCCCCGCCGCACAGCCCCGCCUCCUGGCCGGCUGGCUCCUGGUGGCUGUGAAAGGAUGCUCGAGUGGAUGAGAAGCUCCUCCGGUGAAUGACAGCGAGUUAUGGCCCAGCGAGAGUUACUAUUACUACGCCCGCGGAGCGAGUGAAAACGGCGGCAAAGGCAGGGCAGGGCCAACCAUGAGCCGUUCCUGAGGAGGGAGGAAGUCGCCACACAUCCCGCCGGCCGCCAUGGGCAACACGGCCACCAAGUUCCGCAAGGCGCUGGCGGGUGGCGACGAGGCGCUGGCGUGGCAGCUGUACGAGGGCAACCCGCAGUUUCGGGACGGCCUGGACCCCAACGCCUCGUACGGGGAGCAGUACCAGCACAACACGCCGCUACACUACGUGUGCCGUCACGCAAUGACGCGGAUGCUCAGGUCUUUCUUGUUCAGCAAGGAGGGCAACCCCAACAAGCGCAACGUUCACAAUGAAACAUGCCUCCACGUGCUUUGCCAAGGCCCACUUAUCCUGCUGCUACCAGAGGGGGCGUUGUCGCCGCGCCUCGCACGGCCUCAGCGGGACGAGCAGCGACGGGCCGACUGCCUGCAGAUGAUUCUGAGCUGGACGGGGGCUCGGCUAGAAGGGGGUCAAUACGAGAAGGCCAACGUCAACGCCACGGACAACCGCCGCAGCACCUGUUUGCACUACGCCGCCGCGUCAGGCAUGAAAAGCUGCGUGGAGCUGCUGAUCCGGAGCGACGCCGACCUGUUCAUCGAAGAUGACGACAAGCUGACCCCGUGCGACCACGCCGAGCGCCACCAUCACACCGAGCUGGCCCUCAGUCUGGAGUCACAGAUGGUUUUCUCCUCGGCCUCACCGGGACCCGCGCCGCCGCCACCUUUGUUGUCGUCGCACUCCAAUGCGGACGCGCGAGGGCAAGUCAAGCUGCUGCAGUAUAAAGAGCCUUACGAGGGCUUGAAACUACAAGACCUCCGUCGCUUGAAGGACAUGCUAAUCGUGGAGACGGCCGACAUGCUGCAAGCUCCCCUAUUCACUGCCGAGGCCUUGCUACGAGCUCACGACUGGGACCGGGAGAAGCUACUUGAAGCGUGGAUGUCGGACGCGGAGGGAUGCUGCCAGCGAUCGGGCGUGACCAUGCCGACGCCGCCUCCCAGCGGCUACAACGCCUGGGACACGCUGCCCUCGCCGCGCACCCCUCGGACGCCGCGCUCACCAGUCACCGUCACUUUCACUUCCCCCACGGACAGCUGCCUCACGCCCGCCGACGAAGGAGGGGCCACGUGCGGCAUCUGCCUCUGCUCCAUCUCCGUCUUUGAAGACCCAGUUGACAUGUCCUGCGGCCACGAGUUCUGCCGAGCUUGCUGGGAGGGAUUCCUGAACAUCAAAAUCCAAGAAGGCGACGCCCACAACAUUUUUUGCCCCGCCUACGAGUGCUACCAGCUAGUACCCGUGCACGUCAUCGAGAGCGUCGUUUCCCGGGAGAUGGACCAGCGCUACCUGCAGUUUGACAUCAAGGCCUUUGUGGAGAACAAUCCCGCCAUCCGAUGGUGUCCGGCGGCACGCUGCGAGCGGGCGGUGCGGCUCACGCGGCCCGGUCCGGGUGAGAGCGACCCGCACGGCUUCCCGUUAUUGCCCUCGCCUGCUGUCGACUGUGGAAAGGGUCACCUAUUUUGCUGGGAGUGCCUUGGAGAGGCCCACGAGCCAUGUGACUGCCACACUUGGAGGAAGUGGCUCCAAAAAGUCACCGAGAUGAAGCCCGAGCAGCUGGCAGGUGUGAGCGAGGCGUACGAGGACGCCGCCAACUGCCUCUGGCUGCUUACCAACUCCAAGCCCUGUGCCAACUGCAAGUCCCCCAUUCAGAAGAACGAGGGCUGCAACCACAUGCAGUGUGCCAAGUGCAAGUACGACUUCUGCUGGAUCUGCCUGGAGGAGUGGAAGAAGCACAGCUCGUCGACAGGAGGCUACUAUCGCUGCACGCGCUACGAAGUCAUCCAGCAGCUGGAGGAGCAAUCCAAAGAGAUGACAGUCGAGGCUGAGAAAAAACACAAAAGCUUCCAGGAACUGGACCGCUUCAUGCACUAUUACACUCGAUUCAAGAACCACGAACACAGUUAUAAGCUGGAGCAAAAGCUACUGAAGACUGCCAAGGAGAAGAUGGAGCAGCUUAGCCGAGCUUUCGUCAGCCGUGAGGGCGCCCCACCCGACACGCGCUUCAUCGAGGAUGGCGUGAGCGAGCUGCUGAAGACGCGGCGCGUACUCAAGUGCUCGUACCCGUACGGCUUCUUCUUGCAGCAGGGCAGUACGCAGAAGGAGAUUUUUGAGCUCAUGCAGACGGAUUUGGAGAUGGUGGUGGAGGACCUGGCGCAGAAAGUGAACCGCUCCUACCUGAGGACGCCGUGCCACAAGAUCGUCAGCGCUACCCACCUGGUCCAGCAGAAGCGGCAGGAGUUCUUGGCGUCGGUGGCCCGCGGCGUGGCGCCUAAUGACUCGCCUGAACCACUGCGUAGAAGCUACCCCGGAGGAUCAUGGGAUUGGGAGUACUUGGGCUUCGCGUCCCCUGAGAUGGGGAGCCGGCACUCCGUGCUGGUAGCAGGAGACCAAAGAGACCGAGCGUCACAGGAUUUCGCUGACAUUCAGUACCGGCGACGGCACCGAACACGGCGCAGCAGAGACAUGCUGAAUCUACACAAUCUCCGGAGCAGCAGCAACACGCCAGAAAGCAGCAGGAGGAGCGACAACACAGAAGGUCCAGAACGGAACGACUCCCGUCGCGGCGCUCUGGACUCCCUGGAUGAAGACGACCCCAACAUCCUGCUGGCCAUCCAGUUGUCUCUACAGGAAUCUCGGCGAGAGAGUGCCCCCGAGUCAGACGGGGGUAUCCUAGGGGAGGUCCCCGACGGCCCCACGGGAGCGGCCGGGGCGCCGUGUCCAACGGACCCGCCGCGCCCUCCCCGCAGGACGGACUCCUCUUGUUGUUUGUCGGCUCUGCCGUCCGUCGCCAUUCCCCUGCCGCCCCCGCCUCCCCCGCUCAGCGCCGAGCUGCUGAAGCUAGGGGACAGCCUUAUGAAAGCGGGGACUCCCGAACAGAGCCCUCUCCGACGCCCCCUCGCCCCGUUGUGCCUCCCGUCUCCGGAGCCGGAACCGGAUCUCCUGCUGCUGUCGCCCGUGGUCCCGCCGGGGGGACCCUUCACCCCCAGCGACCCGCAGAGCCUGGAGGCCUUGGACCCCGUGGCCAGUGCCCAGCUGCUGGACAACAUCAUGGCCUGGUUCAACCACAACAUCACCCCGCAGAACAACCCGCAGAGCCUCGCCCUCAUCCCCUCGCCGCCCACCACCGACAGCGACACGUCCCCGGAAGCUCUCGCCGAAGCCCCGAGCAGGCCCGGCACGCUGCCGCUGGAAAACAAAACCGACGAGGACGACCCGGGCGGGGAACAGGCGGCGGCCCGCUGCGACAACCCCCUGGACGAGGACCAGUCUCCAGAAGAGUGGGAGGAGAAAGUCCACUUAGUGUGAGGUGGAAGAAAAGAGCUGCUGUUUACUGUGUGUAUUUUCAUCAUUAUUAUGAUUAUACAGUCAAAUCUUGGUUCACAAACAACCGAGAACGACCGUACGAUGUCUUCUAUUGAAAAACCUAUUUCAAUUCACAGCAGAAGGAUGACCAGACGCCACAUGAUUGGAUUUCAAUCAUUGUCAAUAGCACUGAAAGAGUUAAUCUCCGCGUAAUGUGAGGUUAAUCUAUGGCCGAUCUGAGAUCAAGCUAAAUUGGAACCAUUUUUAAUCUACAGGUGAUCAAAACUGAGUUUAAUCUAGAAGUGGUCUGAGAUUAAUCUGCAGUUGGUCUGCAACCGACCUCCCAGUUCAAAUGAAUUGGAUGUCUUCGAGUGACAAAUACACUGAAAUCCACAGCAGAAGGAUGAAAAGAACUACGGUCCCGUAAUUUUCGGGUUAUAAGGCGCACCUGACUAUAAGCCGCCCCCCACCAAAUUUGACACGAAAACGGCAUUUAUUCAUAGAUAAGCCGCACUGGAAUAUAAGCCACAGCUGGGCUAUUUACACCAAAACAUAUCAACCGUUAACACUUUAUUUUAUAGCGGCAUUAUAAGACGGUCGUAAGCAACUUUGUGUGGCAUGAAAAGUGCUCUAGAAAUAAAAUGUAUUAUUAUUAUUAGACCAAAUGAACCCCAUGAAGCUAUGAACCAAUUGACUGCAAAGCUUCAUUGCUUCAAGAAGCCUCAUUUGGCCAUCACUGCUCCCUUGGGGAAGAUAGUCAACCUCUGCUGCCACCUGCUCUCAACACUGUUGUUGUCCAACAUGCCUCCAAGCAUGCAUUGCGGCGCUACAGAUGUAAAUUACAGUCAAAAUGCAUGUUCUGUGCGAAUUAUUUCUUCAGUUACUGUUCUAGUUGUUUCAUUCAUUGCGAGUUAUUCUAUUUGGUCACACAUUUUUUUACAGCGGCAUUAUAAGACUGUCAUAAGCAUCCUAAGCUUCUUUGUGUGGCAUGAAAAGCGCUCUAGAAUUUUUAAAAAUUAUUAUUAUAAGACCAAAUGAACCCCAUAAAGCUUUGAACCAAUUUGCUUCCUUAGAGGAGACAGUCAAUCUCUUCUGCCACCUGCUGUCAACAUGUUGUCGUCCAACAGGCCUACUCGCAUGCAUUGCAGAGCUACCGAUGUAAAUUAUAGUCAAAAUGCAUGUUCUGCGAUAAUUGUUUCUUUAUUUCCUGUUCUAGUUGUUUCAUUAAUUGCGAGUUAUGGUGUUUGGUAACACUUUAUUGUACAGCGGCAUUUUAAGACUGUCAUAGGCGUUCUAAGCGUCUUUGUGUAGCAUGAAAAGCGCUCUAGAAAUAAACUAUUAUUAUUAUUAUAAGACCAAAUGAAUCCCAUAAAGCUUUGAACCAAUUGGCUGCAACGCCUCAUUGCUUGAAGAAGCUUCAUUUGGUCAUCACUGCUCCCUUGGGGAAGACAGUCAACCUCUGCUGCCACCUGCUGUCAACACUGUCGUCGUCCAAAAUGCCUCCUAGCAUGCAUUGCAUCGCUAAAGAUGUAAAUUACUGUCAAAAUCUAUGUUCUGUGCUAAUUAUUUCUUCAGUUACUGUUCUAGUUUCAUUAAUUGCGAGUUAUGCUAUUUGUUAACACUUUAUUUGACAGCAAGACUGUCAUAAGACCAUCAUAACUAUGACAAGACAUUGCCAUGAGCAUUUUUGAAUGCUUAUGACGGAUGUUUUUUUGUGUAAUCCAGCAAAUUACUGUAUUUCACUUUUGAAUGGAUGUAAAAAAAAAUCUGAGCAUAAAUGGAGUUAGUGACAUAAUUUGCCGGUUGACGCAUUCAUUAAUGCCCAUGAUAGUGUUGUCAUAAUUAUGACGGUCUUAUGACAGUCUUAUGAUGCCGCCGUCAAAUAAAGUGUGACCUUUUAACCCAAAUAAAUCAACAAAUAAGCCACAGGAUUCAAAAUGAAGGACAAAAGUGGCGGCUUAUAGUCCGAAAAUUACGGUGUAUGAUUUGGCGUCUAUCAUCGUCAAUGGCACUGAAAGAAUUAACCCCCUCCACUCAGCAAUUAGCCUGAGAUGAAUCGACAAAUGGUCUGAGACUGACCUACAACUUAUCUGAAAUUACGUCAUUUGCUGCCCACGACGGGGCUAGACGUCCAAUCCCUUUGAAGUGGGAAGCCUGCUAGUGAAUUAACGAAAUGUUUUUUUGGACUCAUUUACUGCGAAUGAGCGUUGCCAGCCCUUCACAGUUCAAACGGCACUGAAACAUUCAAUCCCAGAAUGAAUAAACUCCCACCUCAGAAACAUUCACUUCGACUGUAACAUGAUUAUUCUGUAAUUUUAGUUAAUGCUUCUGAGGAGAAGGUUUGUUAAUAAGUUUUUGAACCGAGGUUUGACUAAUAAUUUGAGGUUUUUAUUUUUCAAAUCAUGUUUAUAAAAAAAAAAAAAAAUCAAGGUAAACCUACUGAGAUGGUCACAAAAAAUGCUGCACAUUUUAUUUAAUUUAUUAACAAGCAUCACUUGUCCGCAAUCAGGUAUUUAUUUACUUUAAUUAUUUGUAUAUUUUUGACUAAAAUCAUUUUUACGAUUAUUAUAUAUAUAGGUGUGUCAAUGCUUGCCAUCACAGACCGGUGGCGCUGUAGCACCUGAGCCAAUCAGAAAUGUGCAGACGGCCGUUGAAGGAAAAGGUACAAUUUGGAAAAUAAAAUAUGGCACCACUAGGAAUAUUCAUAUUUUUAAAAAAUACUAAUGAGGAAAAUGGCAAAUAUUUCUAGAAAUUCAUCUUUAAAAAAAAAUCAAAUUCUUUACAUUGUCAUUUAAUAUUUUUACAUUUUUGCCAAUUUUUUCAUCCAUUUUGAUCCACUUUACAUCAACAGGCGGCGCUGUAACGCCUGCUACUGGAAUUGUCGUUUUAUUAGCUAAAAAAAAAUCACUGAAAAAGGCACAAUAACCACAAAAUGGCGACAAUGAUGUAAUAUGACAACUAAAACAACAGCCAUUUUUUUCCCUCUUUUACAUGCCCAAAAUAUUUUUUAAUACUUUAAUCCUACUUCAGUUGUUAUUUUGAUGUUAAUGAAGUGUAAUGCUGCCACAUAAAACAAAUCUAGCAUAGCUUUCACCGUCUUAAAAAAAGAAAUGUUAAAGUGUGUAUGCCAAAGCAACAGAUAACGCUGUAACUUCUACAGUCUGAAUUUCCUUGUUAUCCAAUCACAAACAAGAAAGCCAUUUUGAGGAAAUGUAUACAAUAACUCCAUCUCUUGUUUCGAAAUGUGAAAAAUUUACAGUUUUUUAGAUUUUUGUGCGUGUUCCAGUUUUUGUGUUUUUGUGUGGACAAGGCCUCAAGUGUUCAGUAACGUUUUGGUGCUCAAAUCCAAACAAAAAGGCCAACAACAACAGAAAAAUAAAAAUCCUGCUGUAGCCUUUAGCGUUAGCGUACUGUACAAUCAAGCGGGGCUCGUUUUAUACUGGACCUUUUGUGCCUGUAGGAUAAAAACCCACACGCUUGUGUUCAUUUUUUUUUUAUUACCAUUAUUUUGUUCUCCAUUAUUUAUCCUAAAAGAUUCACCGCCUGUUCGUAAAUCACAAUUACAACGAGGUCAGCCAUUUCCUAAGUGCCAUCAAUGGAUUCUCUUUUGAUUGUAGCUAAUUUUCACGCAGAUGUCAGUGUUGCUACGCAGUACAAAAUUCUGGGGGGAAAAUGUCAUUUGUUUUUGAGGUUAAAAAAAACAUGAAGAUGUCACUUAUUUUGCCCCUUAAAGGGGAUGUUCAGAAUUUUUUAUAUUAGGCUUAAUCUUCGAGUUAGCGAGGGUUUAAUUAGUCGUGAAGUUGAUUGCAACAAUUUCUGUGUAGUGUGUUAGUUAUUUGUUAGUUUCAGGGCUCCGGAGUGGCUUAGCUAGCGCGAGUCAAUUAGGCCCACUUAGCAUGCCAAUAAAAAACAACAUACGCACACAUGAAAAUCAUCAAUGACCCAUACAAUCAAUUGUGUUGUCUAUGUUUUCAGGAUAAAGUUAUUAUAAACGGCAACAUUUGUAAUCCAGAAGCAGGGCGGAGUGAUAAGACGGUUUUUUUUCACUGCUGAUUUUUUGUCGUAGCCAGUCAGGGGUGUGCCAUCUUAGGCACCCCACGAUUCGAUUUCGAUUACGAUUCAGGGUGCUACGAUUCGAUUUUUGAACAAUGAUCACUAGGGGUUUGACAAAAUAUCGAAAUGGUGAUAUAUCGUGAUACUUUGUAUCCCAAAAGGUUAUCGAUAUGCUCCUGCCAAGAAUCAAGAUAUCGUUUUAAAAAGGUGUCAAUGUUUCCACCACAGGUUAUCAAUAGGGUUGGGAUCUGGGCUAUUUGUAGGCCAUGACAUUGACUGGAUAAGUCCUUCUCCAAGGACUGCUUUAACGGUUUUAGCUCUGUGGAAUGAUGCAUUGUCAUCUUGGAAAAUGACAACAUAUUUUCAAUUGAAGGGAUAAGAAAUCUAAAAUUUCAAUGUGAACUCGUGCAUUUAUUGAAGAUUUAACCACAGCCAUCUCUCCAGUGCCUUUGCCUGACAUGCAGCCCUAUAUCAUCAAGGACUGAGGGAAUUUUGAUGCCUUCUUCAGGCAACCAUCUUUGUAAAUCUCACUGGAAUGGCACCAAACAAAAGUUCCAGCAUCAUCACCUUGUCCAAUGCAGAUUCUUGGCUCUUGACACCUUGUCCAAUGCAGAUUCUUGACUCCUUGUCCAAUGCAGAUUCUUGACUCUUUACAAGGUGAUGAUGCUGGAACUUUUGUUUGGUGCCAUUCCAGUGAGAUUUACAAAGAUGGUUGCCUGAAGAACCUGUUCCAGGUAGACCUUAAAUGGCCCAAAAUUACCUAAUCGCCUGGCAUUGACUGCCACUGACAGCCAUAGACGUUCAAUCUGUUUGAAGUGGGAGGGAUGGCAGCGAAUGAACGAAUGUUCAUUCGCUGCCACCCUCCCAGUUCAAAUGGAUUGGACGUCUACUAGUGAUAAACUCAUUCCAAUUCACAGCAGAAACUUUUCCUGUGUAUUAGUUGUUUGUACUAUCUUAGAAUGAUUUCCUGACCAAUGUAUCGAUAAUCGUUGUAUCGGCGUAUCGUCAGAUCAUCGUUAUCGUGAUCUUUGUAUCGCACAUCGUAUCGUGAGGUACCAUGAGGUUCCCACUCCUAAUGAUCACGGUAUUGACAAUGAUCGCGGUUAUCGCAAUUAUCACAAUUAUCGAUGCAUCAUACAUUACUGAUUAAUAAAGUAGCUAAACAAAUUAUGUCCAUGAUUUAUUUAAAAUAUCCUUAUGAUUCAACAGGAACGAUGGAAACAUGCCCAUACAACAAAAAGCUUCUAUUAAGCUGCUUUUUUAUGUAUUUAUUUUACAUGAAAGUGCAAAAACAUUAACCAUUUUAAAGGGAGUACUUAUUUCUCUGAACAAUACAACAAAAUUUACACUGGUGGAAUAAAUUCCACAUUUUCUGGACACAAAGUGUCUUUAGAAAUAACACUUCUUUUAACCAAUAUACUUUGUUUUCACAGUGUUACCUCCCUUGUGUAACUCUUGGAGUGACAGGUGGAAAUCACAACUGCUCUUGAUCACUUUUACCUUGUGGCGUUUAUUGCCGAGCACAUAAAAAAACAACACAGCCACACACACACUCAUUACAGCGCAUGCACUUACUUCUCUCCCUGCCCACCCACGCGCACACACGCCUGUCGGCUUGCAACAACAGAUUUCUGUACUAUUUUGCAUGUUUGUAGUACUUACCAUUGUACUUAAUCAUGGUUUUACACGUUCUGAUUAUGAAAUACACGUUAGCGAAUGAGCUAAUUAGCUUAGCGCUCGCCGCUAACUAUUAACAUCUCAAAAACAACAACGAUAAAGGCUAAACAGUACAAGAGGGUUCGUGUACUAACCUCUUAUAGACGCACACAGGUCUUAGCAACACACUGCGUCUGUUAACGGUGUCCGGGCGGCAGACGUGUCUUGAAUUUCGUUCUGCUACGAGCGGCUGUCAUAAUGUUAUGAGUGAAAAUCAUCGUUUUUGAACCUUUAUGAAUGGUAAUUGAAUCGUCUCGUGUCGAAUUGCGAUGCAUGUAAUAAUCGAUUUUUUGGAACUCCUCUAGUAGCCAGCAGCAAGUAACCAGUUUAUAUUCUUACUCAUUUUUCAUAGGGAAUUUAUGGAAACUUUCCUUGGCCCAUUUCUUCUGUCUGUUUCCACAGCCUCUAAAUGCACAUUUCACCAUGUUUCCGGCCGUCAGUCAACUCAGCAGACUGAUGCUGCAUUCGAGGAAGUUGGGAAGUUUCCAACCUCUGAUCUGGAAAAAUAUCAUUGGAACGCCUCUCCUAUUUGAUCACUUAUGAGACGGCAGGUUUGCUGGAAGUCAAAAUGUCUUUUGAUGGCCAAAAUUAACAACUUGUUGUGAUGAGCCAUCUUUGCUGUUUACGUUCGGUUAGAACGAUCACAACGGGUGGGAGAUUUCCAACCUUCCUCGAAUGCAGCGUUAGCACGAGUGGCCGAAGCACUCCUCUCUAUUGUGGUCGUAUUACGCAUUUUAAAAAAUAUAUUCCUACAGAAUCAAAUAAAUUUCUGCGUUUUUUUUUUUUUUUUUGCGACAUUGAUUUGGCCGAAUGGCUUGCCUUGCCUUGUAACAAAUAUCUGGAUUUUGAAUGAAUUUGACUAUGUUUGAUCUGUUCGUAGAUCUGUAUGGUUUUUUAUUGGCAUGCUAAAUUGGUCCCAUUGACUCGCGCUAGAUUAGCCACACCGAAGCCCUGAAAUUAUCAACCAAUUUACAAACUGCACGGAAUUUGUUGAAAUCAACUCCACCAAAUAAUUAAACCCCAGCUAACUCAAAGAUUUAGCCUAAUGUCAAAAAUUCUGACCUUCUGCUUUAAGAAAUGUAUUGUGUAUUGUAUUAAUUGGCGUGCUUAUGAUUUUGUGCCUUUUUUUUUUUGUGUUGCUAGGUUGAUGUUUUUCUUCGUAACUGUUUGUUUUGACUUUCCAGACCAACUAUGUAGCCUCAAAUUGCUCUUUUAACAACAAGUUGAGAUUUGACUUAGUCGAGUCGGUAAAUUUGGAGAUUUGGAUGUGAAAAUCAGAAAUGUUGCAUUUAAUAUUUAAAAACUAGGUUACCAUUUCAGGCAGCCAUUUUGUUUUUGUAUUGUUUUUUUUUUUUUUUUUUUUAAGAAAAUUAAAUGAUGGCACAUGACGGUAAUUAUUUUUGGAGGGGCAUUUGGUGACUGUUUUAUCAUAAAAUACAACAGAAAUCAAAAGAAGGCAUUUCACAUCCAUCUACGAUACUUGAUACAUUCCCACCUGCGUACAUAAGAGCGGUUAUUCAAUGUGUGGCAAAAAUGAAAGUAUCAGUGCUGUUUACGCUCAAUUAAAUGGAAAAAAAAGUGUUGUUCUAGUCCAAUGUUUGAGUGCUCAGUCUUUUGAAAAGCAUUUUCUUUGACAUAUGGAUAUAGUCAAUCACCAAAAAGUAUGCAUUUUUAUUUGGUAAAUCAAUGUCAAAAUGUCCAUAUUAUAAUUAUUUUUCAGGCCGUCUACAACGUUAAAACUUAUGGAGGACCAAAGCUGCCAAAAUCAAAAAUAAAU